AUGAUUCCAGCUCCUCAACCUGCCGAAAACCCAACUAUAACCGACGAUCCUGUCGUCGUGCCUUUAACGCACUGUGCAAAGUGCAGUCAACCGUUGUCUGGCCUGCGGGUCUAUCAAGGCCAAGGUGAUGCCCAGUACCGGCACCUUCGAGGUUCCAUCGUACAAACCUGCAGCGACACGCCUCGUUGUAAAUGGACGAAGUUCCAUACACCUGCCUAUGUCAUGGAGGAUGCAAAUCAGCUCCUCUUUCGCUUGUGCAACCCCGGCCAGCCCCACGAAAACCGAGGUAUUCUGCGCCGGACAAAUGCCUUACCUGGUCCAUCCCCCCCACGCCAGCGCCAACCACCACCUGCCCCGGUCUAUCAUCAGCCCUAUGCGUACUACCCUCCUCCAUUCUACGGCCCGCCAGCAACCCAACCGCCACCUCAUCUAUCAACUCAACCACCAAUAGCACCCCCACCUCUUUCCCAGCCCCAACCCCAAAGUGCAUCGUCGUUCUGCGCCACGGAUAGUUGCAAAUUACGCAACGGCUCUCGCACUCCCGGGAACCAGGGAUGCAUCGAACGCAAGUGUAAAACUUGCUGUUCGCUGGCAUACACACAUUCUCGGGAGAAUAAUCUCUCCCGCGAACGUUGUGUUCCCCACAAGUUUCCCGAGCUCUUUGCCGUUCACCAGCCCUCUUCCCAACAGCAUCCCAUUCAACAGCCGCAAACCCCGGAAGCUCCGACGCCAAACCAAGGUCCACGCCCGCAUUCGCCCACACCGCCUGUCCACGAAGAUCAAUCAGUACCAAUCCUCUCUCAACCUCAAGCAGCGAUGGAGAGGAGGAGGGAGCUCGCGCAGCCAAUGGCAAAGGAGUGGAUGGAUGCUCGGAACGAGGAAAUGAAGAAGGAGUCGUCGAAAUCAAUGAAGACCCGGCAGCAAGAGCUGGAGAAUCUUGAACGACGAACGGUUACAUUGGUCAUAUACCACACAGCUGGCCAACCGCCUCUCGUUUAUAGGUCAGCUGUGAAAUCGUGGCCCAAGGCGCAGUUGAAGGACUUCCCUUCGCUGAUGCGGGGUCUCAAGCUCGAUGACGAUUCCGUCAUCGAUGUCUUCUCUGGCACUGAGUGGUAUACUGCCACGCCAGACACCGUUAUUCCUGUCGAGUUUGGAUGUCGGCUGCUCAUCCGCGCUCGUCCUGACUGGAUCACCCCGCUCACCGACAUGGACUGCCCCGGCAUUGCUCAAGAGUAUGACCAACAGCCUCAGCGACGACCAUCGGGCAACAAGCGCUCUGCCCACGUCAUGGCUUCGCCUCUACAGAAAGCACCUCGACUUGCGAACACACCAUCUGCAACCACCCUCCGCCCUCAGCCAUUACCUCUCUCCAAAGUCUACUCGCCAUCACGGUCGCCGUCUCCGCCAACGUCGCCAUCUCCUGUUGUCGCCCCUGCUGUUGUCGCCCCUGUCCAUCGAGAACCAUUACGUCCGGCCCCGUUUCCGCUCACAACACCAUCUAUCGAUGUCCCGAUGAGAUCUGUAGUACCCAAGUCCGUCGAUAGACACGUGUAUUACCCUGUCCAUAAGAAAUCAAAUGCAGUAUUUCCAAUGGACUAUUACAUGUGCGAUGUCAUCGAUGGGCUCAAGCACCUGAAGUAUUUGAAGGAUCACAAAGGCCAACCAGUCAAGUCCAUGUUUUCGAAGGUGUUCAUUGGUGCCAAAUACGUGAAAUCGCAGCACUUCAACUAUCGCAAACAUUGGUCGGAGCCGCUCUCGUCUCUCGUGAAGAGAUACAUCAGCUACGGGAAGGGGAGAAAGGGAGCAUUUUCACUAUACAUGGCAGAUUUCAAGAGGGGAGCCUCUGGGACCACGUCAUCUGAAUCAGAAUUCUCAGAUGAAAGCGAGGUUGAGGUCGUGGGGUCAACGACAAACAAGGGGAAGGAGACGGAGAUCAAUCGUGGUGAUGGGGAUGGGGAUGGCCCGGAUGGGCAAGGGGAUGAUGACGCUGUUUCUCAGCCAUACCUUCGCGGGGACAUCGACAACGACAAAGGGAGCAAUCAGUUAUGCCCAUUUUGCGACAACCCGCUGCCGGCCAAUCUCAGUCCCAAUCUCAAGUGUGAGCUUGAGCGACUUGUUAAACAGUCCACGCCAGACCCUCUCCCACAUAACCCCGGGCAUCGCAGUGCUUCUUUCCGACUCUACAUUCACUUUUGCGCUAAGCACAAGCACGAGGGCGACAGACCUAAAGCUGUUGCGCAUGGCUGGCCAUCAACAAUAAAUUUCACAUCACUUCCAGGUCGCAUCCGUUCAUACAAGGACGAAAUCUACGGGAUCAUCGAUGAUCCCGAAGCAAGUGAAUUCUUUACCCUGGCCUGUGAAUCUCGCCGGCCAUCAUCCUCUCGUGCUGGACCCCAAGGCUAUGACACAUUCACUCAACUAGGAGCAGGAUAUUACGGCGAGAAGGGAAUGGUCAUCAUGACUCAAACUCUGCGUGAAAUGUUUCCGGAUAAAACAUUCCCUUUGGAUGCUUUUGCCCCGCUAUCGUACCAUGAGGCGAUCGAAGUGCUCGUGUCUGAGACGGCGACAUUUCUAAUUAUGGAUGAUCUCAAGCUUUCCCCGGAGGAGGCAGUGGAGGUCCUUAGAGAGAGUCGAGCAUAUGGCAUUGGACAGUUCCCAUAUGAUGAUGGGAAAGUUUCGGUGAAGGAGGAGCCAUGCGACGUGACAGUAGUCAAACUUGGAGAUGUGAUAGAUUUAACUGUCGAUUCUGAUUGA